CACACAAAAAAAGCAAGGCAAUAAUGUUUGUUGAGGUUACGUUUGUCAGUUGACUUCAGCAUAUAUUCUGUUGACGGCUUCAGUUGAAGUCGCAUAGGCACAGUUUUCAUCCAUUUCAAUCUUGUCAUUCUUGCUUGCAUGUGAUGACCCUUGAGUAUACAAGUCAAUGAUGAGAUUUUCGUUACUUGAGUUCUUCUUUGACAGCUUCAGCCCGAGAACCACCACUGUCACUGCUAGAGCUAUGAUCAAAGCACCAAAGACCACAGUCACAGCUAACAAGACCUUCUCCCGU